ACUCAGGCGACGGAAGUUGCGUCAUUGAAUCGCAGCAGAGGAAGAAAUGGCUGGUUUGAUCAAAAAGACCACAGGCUUGGUUGGCCUUGCAGUCUCCCACAAUCCACAUGAACGUCUUCGGAUUCUGUACACUAAGAUCCUAGGCUCUCUUCAGACUAUGCCUCAGGACGCUGCUUACAGGAAAUACACUGAGCAACUGAUCAACGAGAGGUUCAAUCACGUCAAAGCCGAGCCAGAUGUGGAAAAGCUUGAAAAGAAAAUCAAUGGUGGACAGAUUGAGGAGGUUAUUGCACAGGCUGAGGCUGAACUGACACUGUCCAGGAAGAUGACGGAAUGGAAACCAUGGGAACCACUCGUAGAGGAAGCACCGACCAGCCAGUGGAAAUGGCCCAUCUGAAGUCCUCAUGAUGUUUAUGUACAUGUAUAUACUAUAUUAUAUUAAAUAAUAAAUAAACACUGUCUGUUUAAGUUG